AUGGUGCCAAUGACUAGAAAUAUAUUAUUCAGACACCAGAAACUCACUUUUUUUAGUCCGGAACCUGAAAUUCUCCACUCGACGGAGUGCGAAUCCUCUUACUGGCAUCAACCGGCCCUCACUGAAGCGCUGAGAUUUUACACGAGAACAUCAGAUCAUUCAGCAAGUCUCCAUGAAAAAGUCAUAGCGACACAGGCCAGAUUGAGGAGUGCAGGCUCGCCUCCAAACCCAUCCAAACGCACACCUAACCGUUUUGCUACAAGCAACACCCCCGAUCGCCUCGAGAAAGCUUUAAACGAGGCUUGUUUCCACUCUUGGGGCUUUCAUAUCUAUCGAUGCACAUACCAAAGUGAUUCUGACUGGGAAGAGUUUCUUCGUCGCUACCGGUGGCAUGUCGCCGACUCUCUUAAGUACGAGAACGGUCUUGACCUCCUUGAGAGUUUUAAGAUGACCGUUUUUGAGAAUCAGGCACUUUUCGAAGGUGUAGAUAUAAGCACAGGCACAGCUACGGUUCGGGAACAUUUCCAGAAAUGGGCAACAAUUGCUAUUCAGGAAGACCAGAGCGUUUCGCCUGAUAUGCUUGUUUUCGCCAAAGUUGAAGCAGCGCGCUAUAGGUUCUGUCUCUUUGUUAACGAAAAGUCAUUACAAGGUGUUCUCCAAGCACCUCUUGAGGACUGCUUCAAUGAAAAUGCUUUCGUUAAUAUGCUCAAUGGGUGGUGGAAGAAGAGUCACUUGACGAUUACGAUCCCGAAGAUUUAG